UUGAGGCUUUGAGGUUAUUGUUGAUAUUUAAAUUUUUCAUAAAAACGCUUAGAAAAGUUAUAGAAAACAGUUAAAAACUUUCAGAAAUCAUUCUGUAUCGUGUACUUAACGUGUACCGCACUUAUAUAAGUGUAUUUGCGUCGAAUAUCCAGAGAAAUAUAAUUAUGUCGGAGUGCAACUCAAAUUCUAACCAAAGUGCGCCUGAAAAUAAUAAAGAUAACAAAGAUUCAGGUCGCCCUAAGUUGAAGAUCUUAGCGUUCCAUGGAUACCGGCAGAAUGGCGCAGUCUUUCGCGGGAAAAUUGGGUCUUUCCGCAAAACGGUAUCAAAAUACGCGCAAUUGGUAUUUAUAUCAGCUCCACAUCGAGUUAUGAAUGAAGAAGGCGCAGGUGAUGAAGAUGGCAGAUCCUGGUGGUUUAACGCUGAAGACAACACAUUCAGCGGGAAGUGUCUAGGGGGCCCAGCACUGGGAUUUGAAGAGACCCUGAAGCUCAUUGAAAAGACCGUGGAAGAGCAUGGGCCAUUUGAUGGCUUCAUGGGCUUCUCGCAAGGAGCAUGCCUAGUAGGGCUUCUAGCAGCCAUGCAGCAGAAAGGAUACUUACCAUAUACAUUUAAGUUUACAAUAUUUGCAUCAGGCUUCCGGUCUGGGAGUUUAGUCCACAAAGGAUUUUAUGACGAAGAGAUUACACUACCAUCACUGCAUGUGUAUGGGGAAAGUGAUUCUAUUAUACCAAAAGAAAUGAGUGAGUCACUCAUAAACUUAUUUAUUAACCCAGUGGUAGCUGAACAUUCCGGUGGCCAUUAUGUCGCGUGUUCUGGGUCUAUAAAAGAGGCAUACCUAGACUUCCUUCAUGAAAGAUAUCAAGAUCUGUUGGAUACACGGGUAGAGGGCGAGAAAAGAAAGUCGUAGCUAAGACGGUAGAAAUUCUUGUGUCUGAUCGAGUGAUUGAAUGUGUAAAUAAAUUAUUUGUCAAAC